CCUGCGCUGCUGUGCGCCGCUCUGAGGGCGGGGUGUUUAAACGGACUGUUGGAGAGAGCGCAGCUUUCACAGAAGCCGCCUGGUCGCGCGCGCAGUCCCGGUGCCGUCGCCGCCUUCAAGCGCAGAAUAAUGGAACUAUCAGCUUUGUUAACGUGUUUCUUUUUAACGGCUGUCGCUAUUGCGACGGGUUUAGCGAGCAAAGUAAACGUCCCACGUCUUCGCCUAUCAUACAGAGACCUGGUGGCUACUAAUCGUACCUCCAUCUUCUCUGGCUUGGAUGGUGACCUGCAGCUGUCGGCCAUGUUUUUGGACGAGUAUCACGACCGGCUCUUCUUGGGAGGGAAGGAUGUGCUCUAUUCUCUUAGACUGGACCACACACACUCUGAUGCUAAAGAGAUCCACUGGCCACUGCCUGGGAACAGAGAAGACUGUAUCUUAAAAGGAAAGGACCCAGAGACGGAGUGUGCUAACUUCGUACGUCUUCUCCACCCCUUUAACCGGACUCACCUCCUGGCAUGUGGAACAGGAGCUUUCCAACCCGUGUCUGCUCUUGUUUACGUCGGACAUCGUGGAGAGCAUGCAUUCUCACUGGAGCCUUCUAGUUUAGAAAACGGGAGAGGACGAUGCCCAUACGACCCCAAACUUCCGUUCGCCAGCACCUUCACAAGUGGGGAACUGUACACAGGUCUGACGGCUGAUUUCCUGGGACGUGACUCUGUAAUUGUGAGGACCCUAGGAGAUCGAUCUACUAUGAGGACCGAAAGGGACCAUAAAAUAUUAGAAGAGCCCAGAUUUGUGGCUGCACACCUCAUUCCAGACAGCGCAGAUAAAGACGACGAUAAAGUCUACUUCUUUUUUACCGAAAGAGUGAGUGAGGCUGGGGAGAGAGAAGGAGAGGCAGCAAUACACACACGCAUUGGACGAGUGUGUGCGAAUGACGUUGGAGGGAAGCGAGUACUGGUAUAUAAAUGGAGUACGUUUAUUAAAGCUCGUCUGGUGUGUUCUGUUCCUGGACCUCACGGCAUUGACACACACUUUGACCAACUAGAGGAUGUGUUUCUUCUAAGGACUAAGGAUGAAAAAAAUCCAGAAGUUUAUGCCAUCUUCAGCACCAUCAGCAACGUGUUCCAGGGCUAUGCUGUGUGUGUGUAUAACAUGGCUCAUAUUCGUGAGGUGUUCAAUGGGCCUUUUGCUCAUAAAGCGGGACCGGAUUAUCAAUGGGGACCUUAUGAAGGACGUGUCCCAUAUCCCAGACCUGGAGUGUGCCCCAGUAAGAUCACUGCUCAGCCUGGCCGUAUGUUUGGCAGCACUCUAGAAUUCCCUGAUGCUGUGCUGCAGUUUGUUCGCUCUCAUCCUCUCAUGUGGAGGGUUGUGUACCCGAAUCAACAUCAGCCCCUGCUCUUACGCACCUCCACGCCUUACAGACUCACACACAUCACUGUAGACCGCACGCUGGCCGAAGACGGCCCUUACGACGUCAUGUUCAUCGGCACAGAUGUUGGCACCGUCUUGAAAGUCAUCACACUGCGCAAUGGCGACUCAGUCACCAGUGAGGAGAUCACUCUGGAGGAACUGCAGGUCUUCAAGGUGCCCACUCCCAUCACCUACAUGGAGAUCUCAGUGAAGCGGCAAUCACUGUUUGUGGGCUCGAGCACUGGUGUUGCACAGGUUCCUCUACAUCGCUGCAGCAUGUACGGUAAAGCGUGUGCUGAGUGCUGCCUGGCACGAGACCCCUACUGUGCUUGGGACGGACAAACCUGCACACGCUACGUUCCCAACGCUAAACGCCGCUACCGCAGACAGGACAUUAGACACGUGAACCCAGCACUGCAAUGCAGAGAUCAGAUUCAGAGCGUGGAAGACGUGGACAUGGUUGAAGUGCGGGUUGUGUAUGGCACGGAGAACAAUAGCACCUUUCUGGAAUGUGUCCCUCGAUCUCCACAAGCCACCGUCACCUGGCACAUCCAGCGAGAUGAACAUCUUGUGGAGGUGGAGCUGGACGAGCGAGUAGUAAAAACAGACGAAGGCUUGCUGUUCAGACGAGUGUUACGACACGAUGAAGCUGUCUACGUGUGUCGCUCUCGGGAACAUGGAUUUUCUCAGACACUCUCACGUGUGUGGUUGGAUGUGUUACAAGGAGAAACCCUUGCUGACUUACUGUCACAAGACAAUAAACACAAAGUUUGGUCUCCGUGUCCUGCCCAGAUGGGCUCAGCUAACCGAACACCAUCCAAGGGCUGGUUUAAGGAUGUCUUGCAGCUGAUUGGUCCAUCAAAUCUUCCUCAAGUAGAGCAAUAUUGUGAGCGUGUUUGGUGCAAUGAAAAACUGCGGCGGAAGCACAAGAACAUGAUGGACAAAUACAAACAAGCGCAGGAGGUAGCACGGAAAACCAGAGUCAGCAAGAACGUUGGGGAACGGAGUCGUAUGCCACGAGACACACACCCAGUAGAGUGACAUACUGUAUGAAACUAACUGACAGGGACAAGACUUAUUAUAAUUUUAUAACACACCUCUCAAGCUUAAAGACGUUUACCUUCAAACAUACACACUGCUCACACAGAGGAAAGAGGUGGAUCGUCAGAGCUUGUCAUAACUUUUGAGCAAAUUUUAUAUUACAUUUUCUUUAUAAACAUAUUCUUCCGAUGCCAUUUGCCAUAAUUUGACGACAGUUGCUUUAUCAACAGAAGAAGCAGACACAAUGUGGGUGCACACACACACACACACACACACACACACACACAUAUGACAGUGCUCUCAGAAUGUUGGAGUAAAGCCAAAGACCUUUAUGAUCAUCCAGAUAUUAUAAGUACUGGCAGGUUUUUUGUUUGUUUGUUUGUUUGUUUGUUUUUAUUAUUAUUAUUAUUAUUAUUAUUAUUAUUAUUAUUAUUAUUAUUUUGACCAACUUGUUAACCUGAUUUUCUUUUUAAACUGAAAUGUGAUAAUUUAUUUAGCUAUUACUGCAAGCUACUGGUUGUAUGUGGACUAUGUGAGGAAUAAAACAUGAUGGUGUGUGCAGGUAAAGGAAAAUGAUGGAACCGUGGGCUGGUGUAAGGCUACCAGUUGUAUAAUCUUGAAGUGUUUAAUUCCUCUUACACCACAGCAAUUUGCCAACACUAACCACGCUGUAUUUAUUAAUGAUCAAAACAUUGUGCAUUAUCAUUAUAUCCACUUAUAGUUCUAUUUAAUGUUGUAGAUCGUCUCUAAAGACAGGUUUGUUCUCGUUAUUGCUCACUUUAUAACAGUUAUCAGCAGCUGUUUUCUUGAUAACACCUCUUUUUUCCCUCCCUUUGGAAGUUAAUAGGAAAAAAAAAGCUCAAUAUCUGCUAUUCUAUAGAAUUAAAUCAUUUACAAUGACUGUUAAGGCACGGUGGCUUAGUGGUUAGCACGUUCGCCUCACACCUCCAGGGUUGGGGGUUCGAUUCCCGCCUCCGCCUCGUGUGUGUGGAGUUUGCAUGUUCUCCCCGUGCCUCGGGGGUUUCCUCCGGGUACUCCGGUUUCCUCCCCCGGUCCAAAGACAUGCAUGGUAGGUUGAUUGGCAUCUCUGGAAAAUUGUCCGUAGUGUGUGAUUGCGUGAGUGAAUGAGAGUGUGUGUGUGCCCUGCGAUGGGUUGGCACUCCGUCCAGGGUGUAUCCUGCCUUGAUGCCCGAUGACGCCUGAGAUAGGCACAGGCUCCCCGUGACCCGAGGUAGUUCGGAUAAGCGGUAGAAAAUGAGUGAGUGAGUGAGAGACAAUGACUGUUAAGUGCUGACACUUGAGACGCCUACCAAAAAAAAAAAAAAAGAAAGAAACUCCUUUCUAAUUUUCUAAUAUUAACGAUUACACACGCUGGUAAUCAGUUUAUCCGGAGAGUCUACUGUAUCAGUCCUUUGUGAGUUAAUAAUAAAUAGUAAAUAAUAAUAAAUAAUAAUAAUAAUAAUAAUAAAAAUAAAAAAUAAAUAAUAAUUAAAUAUUCAAACAAACAUUUUAGUAUAAACGAUACAACUGUAAUUACAUUCCAAAGUAUUAAAUGAACAACAUCAUGUGAGAUUCAAAUAUUCAACAUCAUUGGUAUAAAAAUGAAUAGCAAAAAAACAAGUCUAUUGCAUCUUCAUAUAUGGGGGCACAGUGGCUUGGCGGUUAACACCUCUCAAUUCCAAGCUUGGUGGUUUAAUUCGUGCUUCUGCCUUGUAUGUGGAGUUUGCAUGCUCUCCCUGUGCCUCUAGGGUUUCCUCCAAGUUUUCCAGUUUUUUUCACUAAUCCAAACACAUGCAUUGUAGACUGUUUUGCAUCUCUAAAUUGUCUGUAGUGUGUGAGUUUGUAUGCAGUCGUGCCCUGUGUUAGACUGGCGUAUUGUGUAGGUGGUCCCCACCCUUGUUCCCAGAGUCUCCUGGGGUAGGCUCCAGAUUUCCCACAGCCCUGUAUACGAUAAGCAGGGUAGAGAUUGUUUGGAUGGAUAUAUAUGUACGUAUAUUUACUCAUAACUGUAGCUAAACUUUUUUUUUGGUGCAUAGAUGUUACAGAUGUUAUCAGCGUGGUCACUCUUAUAUCUUUCGUAAAAGGACGUAGAGGAUGUACAAAGGUACUUACAUGGAAUAUGAAGGUUUUGAAGGUGUAGUUGAAAACGAGGAAUGAAAAUGUUACCUGUAUGAUAUCAUUUCUGAUGGUGAUGGAUCUCAUUACAGCUGUUCGUUUUUCCUGUACUAUACAUUAUUUAAUGUUCAGAUUAAGACACUGUAAAAACACUGAAUUUCAAAUGCGAUGCAGUACAAUAAGCUUAAACGUCCAGAUUGUUUUGGAAAUAGAAGAAAGCUUUCUUUUAAAAAAAUCUAAUUGACUAAGGAGCCAAGUCUGCACGGUUGUUUGGUUUGCUUUUUUUUUUCUUCUCCAUUAAGCCUAAAUGCUUUAACAUCACUCAGUUUGGUGAUUUAUUUGUUCUAACAGAAGUCUGGAAACACACAACUUGUUUUCUUUGAAAAUAUUUCUCUUGAUCUAAUCUAGUCUGAUUCAGAGGCCAGUGUCAAAAUAUAGAUCCAUCUGAAUCUUUUGCUUUUGCAUUACUAUAAUUUUAGAAAACCUUGUAAAAAUAAUAUUAUAGCUGUUAAUGGCAUUGAUUCAAUUGUUCAUAAAUGCCUUGGUUCAGCUCAGUACUGUACAUCCAUUUGCAGACUGGACAUUUAUUGAUAAUGUGUUUUUUACAAAUCACUUUAUACACGGUUUAAAAAUACAAUAUAUACUUUUCUAGUGUUAGCUUCAGCUUUUUUGCCACGAAAAAAACAAAAAACAAAGAAGUUAUGGUAAAAACACAUUGACUCAUUAGUGGGGUUUUUUUGGUGUUGUUGUAUUGUGUUUUUUUUUUUUUUUUUUAGUGUCACCUCUAAGUAUAGUUACUUGAUGUUAACUUUGUACUAAUCUACGCUUUAAGGUUUGGGUCCAACUUUUUAUCCCAAACGUUUAAGGCCAACAGCCUCAAUGCUCUAAUUAUAAAAUAAUUAUCUUUACAUCAUUCAUCAUGUUAAAAUAUUAUUCAAACAAUUUCAAUGUAUCAUCCUAAGACUUAACACUGCAUCCCAAAGCCAAGAGUGUACUCAAAAACUAACAGACUGUACUUGUUUCAGCACUGUGCAUUUGUUUUAUCUGCAGAUAACACAUACAACGUGUGUGUGUGUGUUUGUGUGUGUGUAUGUGUAAGAAUUUGUACGGUUAUAUGUAUUUAUGUCUUAUUUAAAACAGAUCCUUGCAUGCAGAGUGUACAGAUGUGGGUUUUGUCCUUAAAGAUAAUUGAAUAAAAUGGGAUAAAUAUG